AUGCACGGUGAAGACCUCAAGCUCAUCCAUGCGAUCAUGCAUUCGGCCCCAAUCAAUUGGGCAAAGUUUGUCAUGAUCAACAUGACGAUUGCAGCGUCCACCGAGCACGACCACCUCCUCCCCUACCCGUUUUUGGUGAUGGACAUCCUUGAACGGUUCAAGGUAACCACCACCGUUGGCCCGCUAACGAAAGCCACGAAGAUUUGGACAAUCAGCAACCAAACCUUCCUCAAGCGGUCGGACAACGCCGCGGCUGCCACUGCUGAGCCACGCUGCACUGCCCCUACCGCUGGCCCAGCCGAAACCCAGGCCCGGGCCAACCUUGCCUCCAUCGCCGACUCCCUCAACCGGCUCCACCUCAAAGUUGACGGGAUGGGUGGCUACCUUGAACGGCUCGACGUGGCCGUUCAACGCCAAGGAUACGCGAUGAACUCGUACUUCCAAGGCAUCAACUAUGUCCCCCCACCGUACCACGACACGUUCUUUGGGCAAGUGUACGGUGACGAAGACGAAGCCGAUGACUCCUACGCCCCGUCAAGCUCCCCGGAUGAAGACGAGUUCGACGAUGCCAUCGAUGGGGAUGAGAUGGACGACGACGACGAGGAGGAGGAAACCGAAGACGAAGACUAGGACUCCCCUAAAAUUUCUAUCUGUUUUACUUUAAUUAUCCUUUUUUUUAAUGCUUCCGUUGUACUCCGCUAUUUCCCUUUAUUAAAUAAAAAUCAUUUCGUUUAUCUUUUUGUUAAUGUCAAAAGGGGGAAGAAAAGGGCUAUGCAUAU